UUUUAUUUUAGUUUCCUUUUAUUUUUUUAUUUAAUUUAAUAUUCCUGGUACACGUCCCUCUCUCACCCCCGAUUACUUACAAUCCCACAAUCCUUUUGCCCAAGAAAGACUUCUCCAUAUGGUUCGUACUUGUAAAUGCAAAUUAAUACAUACAUCUAGCUAGCUUUGCCGGAGAAAAAAUGGUGUCCACUGAAAUUGUCGACUCCGGUAGGCCUUCCGGCGGAAGGUCUAACUUCUCCCAGAUGUGUUCCCUUUUCAGCCGGUACUUGAAGGAGAAGGGCAGCUUUGGAGAGCUCAACCUCGAUUUCCCUUCUCACAGUCACAGCUUGGACAACAACAAAGGUUCUCAAUUAAUUAAGAAAUCCGGGUGUGAAGACGUGAAAGAACAGAAACCCAGUCUCAGUGAUUUGGAAACUCCAAAGAUGACCAUAUUUUACGCGGGUCGGGUUAUGGUCUUUGACGACCUUCCGGCGGACAAGGCCCGAGAGAUCUUGAUGAUAGCCGGAAAGUCCGGUCCGACCCGCCCCAAACCCGCCUUUGCCCACCACGUGAUGCUCACUUUCGGUUUACCGAGUAACCCACCUGUUCACCCACCUCUUCAUUCCGAUUUACCAAUUGCUAGGAAAAACUCGCUGGCCCGGUUCCUGGAGAAGAGGAAACACAGAAUAACAGCAAACGCACCCUACACAGCAAACAAACUGGAGGCGCAGCCAAAGCUGGCCACAACAAGUGAGCCACGGCUAGGGGUUGCUCCUGAGCUUACUAGCCAUUCGAUUAUUCCUCCAUAAAUCAAAUGGUAGUUGUGUGUCAAUUUGGUUUGUGUAGUAUUAACAUCUGUUAGUGUUCAGUAUCCUGAUAGUUGACUUCGAAUGUAUAAGCCAUAGCUUUCGUAUGAUGAUGAUGAAGGUGGUGAUUAUUAUUAUUAUUAUUAUUA